AUGCAUAGCGAAAACAAGUAGAGCCCCCCUACCAUCCCAGCGCUGCAAGACUGUCAUCAUCAUUGGUAACUUGAAACCUAUUCACUAAUCUGCUGAACUGAAACCUGAGCAGACUUCUCAACUGUCAAUUCGUCUGUCAGCGUUGUAAAAUCGUCUCUAUUUCUACUGGCUGGUUGGCUCUUAGGAAACAUUUGCACUCUUCGUCAAAUACAAGAGCGCUUGCUUUAAUUUUUUUCCGUUGGAUCUUUUGUGAAGACACGAAAAUGAAAGCAGCACACGCAAAUGGACAGAAAAGUUUAGGAAAUGGCAUGUUGUGAAGGCUAAAGUCAAGAAGACCAAGGCUCGUGGUUCAGUGAAAAUUGUGGGUCGGUCAGUUGAAAACUACUAAAGAUUUAUGACAACAGGCGGGAAAAAUUCAAAUUUAACGGUUAUACAAUUUGUAUGUAAAAUCACUUACAGCGCAACUCAGGCAACUAAAUGGCAAAAUGUGUUUUUCUGUUAAAGAAGAGAUUCUAAUGGAAUAUUGAGAUGUAUCCUCCGUCAUCGCUAGUUUGAAAUCGAAAGUUAGCAGGACAUAAACAAACACUAUCUGAAAGCACAAACAAUGGAAAAUUCGGUUAUUCAUUACGUCGAGAUUGCGGUCUCGGUGGCUGCGCUUUUGUUCUUCAUUCUUCUCGCGAUCUUAUGCUUGUUAUAUAUUCGCAAGCAUUACCAAGAGCGCAAACGUCCAAAACUCCUGAAACGACCCUCACAGUACCGAUACAUAUCCCCGAACGAGCCACCAGAGUUUAUCAUCCCUCCGUAUAGCGGAGGACUACUCGAUGAAGAAGCUUUCGAGGAGAAGGAAGACGAUAACGCUUCUCACACAUCAGAAAGAGACAAACUCUCCGUGACUGGGACAACACAAGUACAGCCACAAUUAGGACGAUCGAUGAGCGCUGAGGCGGCCUCGGGGGAACGGACUCCUCCCGGAUCGAGGCCUCAGUAUAGGCGUGCUUUAUCAAGUCAGGGGGGUUCAUUGGCGCCUAGGAAGAAUUCUGCUUCCAGAAGAAACUCUAUUGCGCCGUAUGGGAAAAUGCAAGUUUCUCUGCACUUUGUGUCGAACAAAAGUUUACUUGUAAUUCAGAUCAAUGGAACAUACGAUCUCCCCCAACUACGUACAACCGGGGUCUCAACGCCGUACGUCAGAGUUCAUCUGUUGCCAGGCAACGGCAGCAAAGAUCAGCGAACGAACUUUAUGAACCUGGCGUCUAAUCGGAUCUGCGCAUUCGACCGCAUUACUUUGGAGGAAGCGAAGAAAGCUACCCUCAAGUUUGUUAUUUUGGACUACGACAAGUUUUCGCGCAGCGAAUUCGUGGCUGAUAUCAUGAUGCCGUUAGCAGAUAUAGACCUUGAGCAAGGAGAGACUCUAACGAGGCACCUUAACUCGCAAUCCCGACCGGAAACGGAUGAAGAGCACGGCACCCUAUUGGUGGCCUUGUGUCAGGACCCCCCUGCAGGUCAUUUGGGCGUACAAAUCGUUAAAGCAGAAGGAUUACCAGCCCCUCCCAGGCUAUCAGAACCUUCUUCUUCGGCAUUAGGUUUUCAAGUCAAAGUGCUUUACUAUGUACAAAACAAACUCGUCGAUAAGAAAAAGACGAAAGUCGCGAAAGGCUCCACCAACCCUGUCUUUAACGAACACUUCGUCUUCGAAAUGAAAGAAGAGGAAUUAAAAAACUCUAGCCUGCUUUGUGAGGUAUACCAGAGCGACUCCAAAUUACGAGUCGAGCGAAUAGGAGUGAUAAAUCUCGGAGUGGAAUCAUAUGGAACGGAAAUCAGACAUUGGAAUGAGAUGAUGCUUCAACCCACAAAACUUGUGGCGGAGUGGCACCACUUGCAUCCCGUAAAAUGAGGGAACCGGGACGAAAUGCUGGAAACUGGACACCCCAUCGAAGAACAGUUGACUAUUUGUCAUCUGAAGUCAACAUAAAAGUAAAUCACCAGACAUUUUACAAAAGCGAAAUAAUGUCCUACCAAAUCUAAUUUUGUUUGGAUGUUGAAAAAAAACGAAUACUUGUGCUAUAAUCAUUUAACCAGUCGUUUUUCGCGACCAAUUAACCUUUAUGUAAUAAAAGGAAAAUUAUAAUUUGCACCUCAUAGUUAAGAAUGACACAUAAUAAAAAUGUAAACGUGA